AUGGGUCAGAAACAGUCCAAGCUGUCGCCGCAACAACUCGAGGAACUCCAGAGGUCGACGCAUUUUGACAAAAAGGAACUGCAACAAUGGUACAAGGGCUUCCUGAAGGACUGCCCCUCCGGCACAUUAACCAAGGAGGAGUUCCAGAAGAUAUACCGACAAUUCUUUCCCUUCGGCGACCCAAGUUCCUUUGCAGAUUACGUCUUCAAGGUGUUCGACUCGGAUAAGAGCGGGACGAUUGACUUUAAGGAGUUCAUAUGCGCGCUGAGCGUGACAAGUCGGGGCAAGAUGGAGGACAAACUGGACUGGGCAUUCCAGCUGUAUGAUAUCGAUGGCGAUGGGAAGAUCAGCUAUGAUGAGAUGCUGGCAAUUGUGGAGGCCAUAUAUAAAAUGGUCGGUUCGAUGGUCAAACUGCCUGAAGAUGAGGAUACUCCAGAGAAACGGGUAAGGAAGAUCUUUCGAAUGAUGGACAAGGACGAGAACGGAAGCCUGGACAUGGCUGAGUUCAAAGAGGGCAGCAAGCGGGAUGAGACUAUCGUGUCGGCGCUGUCGCUAUACGAUGGAUUGGUAUGA